GCGACCUCCAUUAAGUGGUCGAAAAGGAAUUGCUAGCAUUUCUCGCUGUUUUUUCAAAAACCCGCCCAAAAAAUUCCAAUUUUCACUCCAUUUCUUCCAUGGAAUUCUCCGCUUGCCCGUUUUGUAAUCUAACAGUUUCGUUUGUGGAACUCGAGAGACACGCUAAUGAUCACUUGGACGAUGAAGAAUAUGCCCGAGACCUCCAAUUAGCGCGACAAAUAUCUGUGGCUCAUCUAUUUGUUGACAAUUCCAUGGAACGUAUAGAUAGUUCAUGGGACAAUCCCAAGAGCAGUUUUUUAAGGUACGAUGCCAAGGGAACUACCAGUGGAAGGAUAGAUACUGAUGAAAAAUUUUGUUACUUAGUAGAGACACAGAUCAAGGAGAGCUUUUGCCAAGUUGAAGACGGCUUGAUGGCUUUGUUAGCAAAUUGUUUGGAAUCAGACUCAAAGAACGCAGUGAGUAUAUUGUCUGGGUACAUCGAUCACUUUCAGAGUGUUGAAUCAGAGGAUGUUGGGUGGGGAUGUGGGUGGCGUAAUAUCCAGAUGCUUAGUUCUCAUCUGCUUAAACAGAGACAAGAAGCAAGGGAGGUUCUGUAUGGUGGUUCUGGGUUUGUACCCGAUAUUGCUUCCUUACAAAGAUGGCUUGAAAUUGCUUGGGAAAGAGGUUUUGAUACACAUGGCUCAAAUGACUUCGAUCAGAAAAUUUAUGGAAAAAGAAAUUGGAUUGGAACCACAGAGUGUGCUGCACUUUUCCGCUCAUUUGGUCUUCGUGCCAGGAUAGUAGAUUUUUGUAGCAAGGAUAUAAUCUUAGAUAAAACUGCAGGGAAAAUGAAGGCUAUGCAAGUUUAUGGACCAAUGGAUAAAUUUCUGUUGAAGGGCGAUUCCAAAAUUCUUGAUGCAGCUUCGUCUAGUAAUGGGAGUCGUACACAUUUUAGCAUUCCCUUUGGCAAUAUAAAGGGUGAUCAGGUUCUUAUUGACUGGGUCUGGAAUUACUUCUCUGACAACAAUCCCAUCCAAUAUGGCAAUCAGCGUGUUGUCUUUAGUGGGAAACCGCCGUUGUACUUUCAACACGAUGGCCAUUCAAGAACCAUAAUUGGCAUCCAGGUUCAGCACCAGAUAAAUGGCACGCAGCACUACAAUUUAUUAAUUAAAGAACUUGAUGCAAAUGAAUUUCCUGGUGGAAUUCCUGGUCUUAAAGGUCUUGGUCUUGUCAUCUUAUAUUUAUUGGGUUUGAAUAUUAAUAUAACUCUCCAUCCUAUCAUACUUCCAUCUGUUUCUAUAAUUAAAUAUUCUAAAUCUAAUGGCAUGGCUAAUUCUGAUUGUAAAAAUAAUCCGGUGUUACUUUUCUAUUAUCAUAAUACAUACCCAUGGAAAGAGGAGAGCAAAAUUGGGAUCAACAAGAAGAGGAGGUAG